AUGUCAAACGAUGAUCAACCCGACCAGCACAAUGUACGAUACUGGCAGAUGUGGCACAUUUUGGAACCCCCAGAUAUGAAAGUCAAAGAUGUCCGAACACCUGCGACCGGCUGCGGAAAAACUACACUGAGUGCAUCAAUCGUUCGAUGGCUCCAACAGCAUAGGGAAGACCCCACCGGCUCCAGGACCGCCGUUGUCUACUUCUUUUGGGGCAGCCACUCUCUACCAAGGACCCGAAGUGAUUUCUUGGCGUCUAUAAUCUGGCAGCUCUGGACUACAUACCGUCUUGACGAGGCGAGAAUGAGGAGAAACGGAGACGUGGCCAGCGAGACAUGGGAACUGGAAGCCCCUAGGAUUGGCCGACCAUCGGAAAAGGUACUGUACACGCCGUGCCGCGAUCUCAGUGAACAUUUCCGCCGGAUAUGCCUCGUCAUCGACGGCCUGGACGAGUAUGACGAGGAUACAGGAGGGGGACCCACACUUUUUGGAAUAUUGCGUUCUUUUUGUGCUGGCCACCCGAUGAGUAUUUUAUUAUGCAGCCGGCCGGUCUCCCAUAUUCAGAGACUGUUGGAAGCAGAAGGGUGCCAGGAAAUCCGCGUUGAUGAAUUCACCAGUACGGAGGACAUCCGACAUUAUGUUGAGGACAAACUCUACAAGGCCGGCGCGAACAUGGCGCGAAGCGAAUGUGACAGAGAAGGCCUUCUCGAACGUAUAGCUGCUAUAUCCCAAGGAAAGUACGGCUCGAUUCCUCCCUCACUCUCUAUGGAAACUGUGACUGAUCAGCUGCUAGCUUUUUGA